GUUUGCUGGUGCACUUAGAGCUGGUUCUAGGCAUACAGUGCCACGUUGCUUUAGUCUCAUAGAGACACGGAAUAAAUGCAAUAAACGUCCAAAAAGAGCGACCGGGUGAAGCCUGGCCGGAGCUGGGGCGCAGCCACGUUAUUGACCUUUUUUUUUCAAGCCGGUACUUUUCUUCCUAAUAAAAGCAAGCGAGCAAACAAAACAAAAAGCAAGAUGUUAACUGACAGUAUAAUAGAGGAUUUUGACCGUCGGGAGGAGGAACCAUGGUACCAGCAGGAGCAGCAGAAUAUGGAGCACGACCUACACCUCGCAGCGGAGUUGGGGAAAACAUUGUUGGAUCGAAAUACAGAGUUAGAGGAAGCCCUUCAGCAAAUGUAUGGGACCAACCAGGAGCAGCUUCAAGAGAUUGAGUAUUUAACAAAACAGAUUGAACUCCUCCGUCAGAUGAAUGAACAACACGCUAAAGUUUAUGAGCAACUUGAUGUGACUGCUCGAGAGUUGGAGAUGACUAAUCAGAAACUUGUUAUGGAGAGCAAGGCAUCCCAAAAUAAGAUUAUAAGCUUGGCAGAGACGAUCGAAGGUCUACAGUCUCACAUCGAUGAGCUUCAGAGACAGUUGGAGGAUCUGAAGGACAGUUCACGACACGAGGGCACUGAGCAAAAGAGGGUGGUGCAUAGCCUUCCAUGUCUGAAAGAGUUAUAUGAUCUUCGAAAGUACUUUGUGUAUGACCACUUGUUUGCUGCCGAGAUCACAUCUGAUGAGACACAUGUUCGUCCGUUGGAGGACGAAAAUGAGAAAUUAAAAAAGAAUAUGAGGAUGCUGCAGACUCAGCUGACCCUGGAGAGGCAGAGGAGAGAAUGUGUGGAGCAGGAAUAUUCCCUGCUGCUGAAGGAGAAUGGUGAGCUUGAGAAAAGCCUCUCCAGUUUGGAUGAGUACAAACAAAGCAUCCAAGAGCUGGAGAGUAAAGUGUUGGAAUUACGUCAGAGAAGUCAAGGCACAGUGAACUUUGUCAGCGUAGUGGACAAUCUGCUCCCUGAAUCCUUCCUGUUUUCUGGGAAAGAUUCUUCGGGCCUUGAGCAAUUCUCUGGGAUUAAGGUUUGUGUGAAUGGCGAGAGCUUGCCAGCUGAGCAGGAUCCAUUGCGCUCUGGUGAGACCCUGAAGGGCAGCUCUGAUGAAGACCUGUUGAAAGGCCAUGAGCAGACCUGUAUCAGGAGAGCUGAGGCAGUUCGCCAGCGAGGCAUCUCCCUUCUGAACGAGGUGGACGAGCAGUACAUCGCCCUGCAGAUGAAAUACAACGAGCUGCUAAGCAGGUGCCAUUCCCAGGGGGAGACAUUGAGCCACAAAGCUGUGCAGACCCCUCAGCGUCUCUCCCAGGACCAGGCUAGUCAAAGCCUACCCAUCACCAAGCCCCUGAGGAACGAUCCAGCCACUUGUCCUGCUCAGCAACCUCCCAAUGUGGAACUGACCAGCUCUGCCAAUAACUCCCAGCCAGAAUACAAAGUUUUGUUCAAAGAAAUCUUUAGUUGUAUCCAAAAAACAAAAGAAGAGAUCAAUGAAAGCCGAUCAAAAUACAAAUCCCUCUCCGUGCAAUGUCCAAAUGUAGCUCAACUACAGCAAGAAUAGAAAAGUUACCAGUAUUGUUGUAUCUGAGUUGCAAUAAAGCAUUGGGAACUGAAAAGCCACAAGAAAACCUCAACUUAUUUUGUAAAAGAAAUAUUCCUUUACAAUUCUCGUGAUCCAAGAAUCAAAAGGAUCUGUUUGAUCUCCAUGUAUUUGUAAGUCAGCUCUCUGUAUGUGUGUGACUGUCUCAGCCAAAGAAAGUCCACAUUUUUUUUCCGGAAACUGAUGUAUUUCUAAUUUUUGGAUUAUCUGUCUGUCUGGUUAUUGUGCAUUUUCUAGCUGUAGCGAAUCUUGAGCCAUUGAAAUGGUUAAUUAUAUAAAUUGGGGGAAGAAGCAGCUAUUUUCUGAUCCAGUCCCAAGACCUGUACGCCAGAAAGAUCUUUAUCGAUCUCUGGUCUUUACUGAGUGGGCUGGGCCCUUCACAAUGGGAAUGCCACAUUGGCCUGGGUUGAUGGUGCCAAGGUGGAAACCUCUGCACUGCCUGGUGACUUUCACUGGAGCAUGUCUGUAAAGUGAGAGAUGAAAGGAAUUGUUCUGACCUCAUGGCCUAAUAAUGUUCUACCAGGUAAUAGCAAAAUUUAUAUUAAAGUGUAACAACUGAAGUACCCUGGAAGGGUCUCCUAUUGUGAACUGACCUUUUUAUUCCCCGGGGGGGUGGCGUGAAGAUACUGUUGGAAACGAUGCUUAGUGAAUUUGUUUUCAGAACAUUUCUGGUUUAUACCUCUUUUAUUUGAAAGAAUAAAGCUGUGUAGCAGCAAAACUUAAGAUCAAAUCUAUAUUGCUGUACACUGCUAUUGUGUAAUACUGCAUAUAGGGCAUUUCAGAAUUUCUCUCUUCACUCAAGUGCUAUUGUCAGGUCAGUCCAAGAUGAAGACUGUUUGUUUGUUUCAUUCUUUGAGGAAUGUAGGGGGUUACAUUCUGAAGUGUGCAUCUAAUAUUGAGUCUGAAAGGGACUUGCAUUUCAUAUACACCUGUCAGGAUAUCUCGAGUGCUUUUUGGUCAUUAUUGCAUGGUCAUGGGUAGCAUUUCAGUAAGAACUGCUACAGCCAAUUUACUGAUGUGGUGGUGUUGCUUGGGGGUGGACAAGGUCAGAAGUCACAUGACACCAGGUUAUAGUCCAAUAGCUGUACUUGAAAUCACAAGCUUCCAGAGCAGAGGUUGUGAUUUCAAAUACACCUGUUGGGCUAUAACCUGAUGUCAUGUGACUGUGAGAGCUUACUAUUUAUAAAUUGAAUGAUGGAAUGGUGACCAGAUAGUUUGGUCGUUCUUGUAGUGCUGCAGUGCCUCUUGGCAAGUUGGAGACCUUCUGAUGGUCAUGUGGGAGCUAAUGUCAAACCCAUCCUCUUAUGUUCAGUAGGAACCCACUGCAUGACCUGCUGGUUAUCAGACAAAUCCUAUUUACAGCUGCUUUUUAAAAUGCAUCAACACACUAGGUAUGGUCUGUAUUGAUUUGAGAAAAUGCUGCAAAUGGUCAGUCAAUGAAGAGUUGUUAAUAUUGCAAGUAUAAAUGCUUCUUUGUAACUGUCCUGCCAUGUCCAGUUCUAGGGAAAAAACGUGGAAUAAGAGGACUUGUGCUGUGCUUAAGUGGUGAACGAGAGAGACUGUUGCUAGUGAUGAAAUGUGAUACUUGGACGUCCCCAUGAGUUGGAUGUUUUGAGUUAGGAAAUGAGUGAAAUGGGUUUGGGGUUUGCAGGAAACUAGUAGAGUGAGAAGGUAGGUGAAAGAUAAAAUAUACAGGUGGAAGAAUGGGAAGAGAAGGGGAGAGACUGUUAACUGUUGAUUUAAUGGUAUCUUCCAAGGAGGUGACUGAGAUACCGGGUAUUUUUGAAUUUGGCUAAAUUUGGCUGUUGCUGCUAGGCUUUCCACAUGAAGUGACCAUUGAAAUUAUGGAAAUAUUCCAAUACUUCUCCCAUGGCAGGAAUAAUUGAUUUCCUAAGUGGAAAAUAUGGUAAGAGCAAAAAAAGCACUUUGGGAUUUCAUUGCUCCAAAAUUCAGGUGUUUGGCUUUGGUUGAUUUUAAUUAUAUACAACACUCCAAUAAGUGGUGCAGAAGCACCAUAGAUUUGAGGUAGGCUUUGGAACUCCAAUAUCUGGAUGGAUGAAAGUUUGCAAUGUUUCAGAUAUUACAUCAGCCACACUGCCUGUGUUAGUCAUUCACUUUGUAACGUACUGGUUUAUGAACCAAUUGGAAACUUACUUAAACUUUGGUGCUCCUGAAACUUGUCCCUUUUGUCACAUAUGACUACAGAAGCUGAUGGAAUCUGAACAACUUAUUUAUAAUGUCUCCACUCAAAAUAGAUGGUCAGUAGAAAUGUGUUUAUAUUCAAAUGUUGGUCUAAUGCAGUGCUUUGUAAG